AUGGGACACUCUGAUUCAGUAUCCAUCAUCAGAUAUCUUCCUGGCUUCGAAGGCCCUCUUCCUUUCGAGCUUGAAACCGGGUAUAUUGGUGUCGGUGAGGCAGAGGAAGAACAGUUGUUCUACUACUUCAUUAAAUCUGAGAGGAACCCAGAGGAAGAUCCUCUUCUUGUCUGGUUAAGCGGAGGACCUGGCUGCUCUUCUCUCUCUGGCCUUCUUUUUGAGAUUGGGCCUGUGACUUUCAAGAUUGAGUCUUGUAAUGGAGAUAUCCCUUCAUUGGUCUCUACUACAUAUUCAUGGACUAAGGUGGCGAAUAUAAUCUAUUUGGAUCAGCCUGUUGGGACUGGCUUCUCCUACUCAACAAACCCACUUGCUAGUGACAUACCAAGUGACACAGGAUCAGCUAAACGGGUCCCUGAGUUUCUCCGUAAGUGGCUAGCUAAGCAUCCUGAGUUUCUCUCCAACCCCUUUUAUGUCACCGGAAAUUCUUAUGCCGGUAAGGUGGUUCCAGCCAUCGUUCAAGAAAUCUCAAACGGAAAUGGUUUAUGCUUUAAACCUCAGAUAAAUCUUCAGGGUUACGUGCUGGGAGAUCCACUAACAGAUCUUGAUAACAAUCGUAACUUGCGCAUUCCAUAUGCUCGUGGAAUGGCUCUCAUCUCUGAAGAACUCUAUGAGUCGCUAAGGAGAAGCUGCAGAGGAAACUAUGUUAAGAUGGAUCCUCUUAACACAGAAUGCUUGAGACUCUGUAUUUCUGGAAUAGAUGCAACAUAUAUUCUAGGACCAAAUUACAAAGACGCAUCUAAUCCCUCUGAAACCAAUCCGUUUGCGCAUCUCAUCUCUCAACUGUCUAACCGCUGGGCCAAUGAGGAGAGUGUGCGAAGAGCCCUUCAAGUGCACAAGGGGACUGUAGGAAAAUGGUUUCGAUGUAGUCAGAAAUUGACUUACAAGUUUGACGUUAUAAGCAGCGUACCGUACCACAAGAAAAACAGCAUCCGAGGAUACAGAUCCCUCAUCUUCAGUGGGGAUCAAGACAUGGUCGUCCCUUUCCUUGCGACUCAAGACUGGAUAAGAUCUCUCAACUAUUCCAUUGUUGAUCAGUGGAGGCCAUGGAUGAUUCAAAACCAAGUCGCUGGAUACACAAGGACUUAUGCCAAUAAGAUGACAUUUGCCACUGGCGGUGGUCACACGAUGGUGUACAAACCAGAGGAGUACUAUGUGAUGUUCAAGAGAUGGAUUAGUGGCCAGCCUCUGUAA